AUGUCUCAAUCAACGUCAAAUCUACCACCUCAGGAGCCAAUCCCAAAUCGCCUUCAAGGCCUAGUUGCUAUCGUGACAGGUGCUGCCGGAAAUAUCGGGUUUGAAACAGCACGUCGAUAUCUCUUAGAAGGAGCAAAAGUAACCCUAACCGACAUUGAUGGAUCCAACCUAGUCGAUGUCGAGCGUGCACUGUCCGAUUAUGUUCAAAAUUCGUCUCUAAAAGAUAAAAAUGACUUAAUCCUUACCGUCGCAGCCGACUUCACGAAAGAGGAAGAUGUCCAGCUCGUUGUUGAUAAGACGGUCGCAUUCUUUGGCAGAAUUGAUAUUGCUCUUUUAUGUGCUGGAAUAUCAUAUUCAUCUACAAGUAUCCUGGACACAGAUGUUGAUCAGUACGACAAGGUGAUGCAGGUUAACUGUCGAUCCGCAUUUUUGGGAAUCAAACAUUGUGGCCGAAUCAUGAAAAUGCUCGGAAAUGGAGGUAGUAUCGUUCUCGUGUCUUCUAUUGCGGGUCUACGCGCCACGCCUGGUCUUUCUGCGUACUCUGCAUCGAAAUUUGCACUGCGAGGCCUUUGUAUUACGGCGGCAGCUGAAUUAGGACAAUUUAACAUUCGGGUCAACACUGUUCAUCCGUGUGGCGUGAAUACUCCAAUGUUUAAUUUGGCUUGGUCUGAAGAGAGGAGAAAUAAUAUGCUCUCUACUGUGCCGCUGGGUCGUUGGGCUGAAGUUGCAGAUGUUGCUGCCGUUCUGUCAUUUCUCGGUAGCUCUGAUGCAAGGUUCAUGACAGGAGGAGCACUAAAGGUUGAUGGAGGGAGUGUAUUAAAUUAA